AUGCGGGGCCUGGAGGGGCCGGGCCGCCUCCGACCCCAUGGCCUCCUGGGGCAGCGGCUGGGCAGCCUCGCCAUCUUCACCCGCGACGACUUCGAGGGCGCCUGGCGCCGUGUGGCUCGCGGCGGCUUCGGCCUGCGCUCCAGGUGCAGCGAGUCCGCCGUCAAGGCCCCCCCAUGCCUUCAGCCGGACGCCGCCAGCUGCCAUGUGGAGCUUCUCAUUGAAGAAGCAGUCAAAAUGGAGAAGAUCAAAUUUCCGCACAUCAUGUCCAUCUACGUGUGCGGGGAGCCCCUGGACAUGGUGAUGGAGUUCAUGGCCAGCGGCUCCCUGGAGAAGAUGGUGCCCACACACAGCCUCUCCCGGCAGCCCAAGUUCCACAUCACCCCUGAGACCAGCCUGACCUUGAGGUUUCUCCAUAGCAUCAAGCCGCCCCUGCUCUACCGGGACCUCAAGCCAGGCAACCUCCUUCCAGAGAGCAACAUGUAAGGUAAAUGCCCGAUUUCGGACUUUGGCCUGUCCGAGUGGAUGGAACAGUCCAUCCAGAUGCAGUACACGGAGGGGUCAGCGCUGUGGGGCACCGUCAGCUACAGCCCCCCUGAGAUGUCCCUGGAAGGUAUUAAGGCCGUAGGACCUAAGUACGAUGUGCGCAGCUUUGGGAUCGUCAUCUGGGAACUCCUCACUCAGAAGAAACCGUAUUCAGGCAGGAGAUGCCUGUCUCAGACGAGUGGCCCGGUGAGGCUGCUGCUAGCUCAUGAGGUCCACGUGGACGGCCCGAGUGCCUGCGGCUACAUGCUCCUCCUCAUCGCCACGCAGGACCAGCAGCCCAACCUCUGUGCCCUGCUCCUGCAGCACGGGGCGGACGCCAAGCUGGCAGAGGAGGACAGCUGGGCCCCGCUGCCCUUUGUAGCCCAGAGCGGUGGUGACAGCUCUGCCUCCCACCCCCCGGACCACGGGGGCCCAUGUGGGUGCCCAGGAGCAUGAGGGUGGAUCCUGCCCCACCUAGCCACACAGAACACCUCUGAGAAUGUGGCACGGCUUCUGGCCUCCCGUCAAGCUGACCCCAACCUGCGUGAGGCCGAGGGCAGGACCCCUCUGCACGUGGCUGCCUACUUCGGCCACGCCAGCCUGGUCAAGCUGCCGACGGGCCAGGGGGCCGAGCGAGCCCAGCAGAGAAACCUGAGGAUGCCUCUGCCCCUGGCGGUGGAGCGAGGCGAAGUGAGGGCCAUCCGGCACCUGCUGAAAAGUGGGGCAGCUCCUGAUGCCCUUGACCGGAAGACAGCGGCCACCAGGGGUAAGUGCCUGGCCUGGGAGGUGCUGCUCAGGGACGGGGCCGGCUUUGAGCUACUAGGGCGGCAGGGCUGGACCCCCCUGCACCUCGCGGCCUACAAGGGCCCCCUUGGAGGUUGUCCACCUACUGGUAGAGAGGCAGGCGAACGUGGGAGCUCCCAGAGGCUUGAAGGGGACACCCUGCACCUAGCUGCCCACCACGGGGAGGAGCUGGUGGCGUGGGCGCUGCUGUGGUGUGACGCUGACCCCAGUGCGGCCAUGGGGAGCUGGACACCUCUCCACCUGGCCAUCCAGAGGGGUGUCUUCCUGAGCAUCCUCAGCCUCCUGGAGCACCACGCAGAUGCCCCUGCCCGCAGCAAGACCAAGGCGUGCCACGUCAUUGUCGUCACCUACGUGACCAGUGUCCCAACCCCCAGCCAGGGCUCUGCUAUGGAGAAUGUGCAGUUUGUGCGGCUGUAG